UGAAGAAAAACGAUGAAUAGCAAGAGGGGCGCAGCUGGGUGAGUGAUGGAGAUGGAGGCGGAGCUACAACAUGGAGCGCUUCGAUUGGAGGAUAUGCUCUUUGACAAUGAUGAUGACGUCUCGCCUGCGGAGGAUGCUGAAGGUGGGCAGGAUGAUGAUGACGUAGUCAACUAUUAUACAACUACCUGCGCAGUGUGUGAGAAUUGGGAAACCGAAAGUGAGACAUGCUGUGAUGUUGCUGUGCAUGAGAGCGAUGAGCACCAGGGGGGGGCAGGAGAGUGGGGGGUUAACCUGAUGGCACUAUCUUAUCGGGUUGAGGAUGAGACCGCAGUCGUCGAUGGAGAGAGGGAAUAUGCCAAUGAUGAUGCAGGUGAGUGGGAUGUGGAGUGGGGGUCAUUGGCAACGGCGGCAACAGCAGCGGCGACGGCAACAGCGAAAGCAGAAGCAAAUGCAGCAACGGUAACAACAACAACAUCGACAAUAACAACAAUAACAACAUCAACAUCAACAGAGAUCGGUGUCGACUGCGAGGCAGGUGAGUGGGGGGAGGAGUCGGGGCUAAUGGCAACGACAGGUACAUCGAAGACGAAGCUGGAGCUAUGGCGCCACAGGAAGUCCCUAUACUUCCGAACGGAGGCGGGAGAACAAGCGGCGUCAAUGUCGGCAGUCCUUGGAAAUGGGAGAUCAGCGAAGAUACGGCCUUUCGUGCCAACGUGGUGCAACUCGAAUGGAGUCACGCCGAUCGUCGGGUGCAACGAAGUGUUGUAGGCGAAUUCGAUGUCGGGGAGGCGGUCCACCUAUUGACAAUCCUUCUGAUCCGUACGGAUGAGUGUGUGAAGCAUUACUUGAG